UACACACUCAAAUCACAUUAAAUAUGUUAGCAAAUCUGUAAUCUAAUCGCAAUUCAUGAAAGAUUAUGGUUGCAAUUAAAUGUUCUAUAUAUAUAAUCUGUAUAAUUUCGGUGAGUUACGUGUUCGGAAAUGAAACGGAGGUACCAAAGGAUGUUGAAGCGAUGAAGAAUGAUUUUAGUCCCGCUCUAUAUACCAGAUUUGGAACCACACCAAAAGAAUACGACCCGUUCGCAGUAAAAAAAUUGAUAUCAAUACCAUACAACGGGACUAUCAAUGGCACGCGUAAAGGUAUAUUUGACUGGCUCUUUGGUUGGGGAUUUGAUGAUAUGUGGGGCUAUGAGCCAUACGCCAAUAUGAACCAUAAGGGUCAAGCGUGCCUGUACAUGCAAGUCAGCUAUAAGAACGCAAUAAAACAAAUAAAGCAUUACUACAACAUACGAGCACUGUAUACAGAAAAUAAAGAAUACGAAAUUGGCUACUUAACACACGAAAUAAUAUUCCGGUACCAGAUCAUGCUAGAAUUAUAUAAUUUUAUAGAGAAGCGCUAUUAUAAAAAUCUAACGUCCAAUGUGGCACCUGUCAGUUUGAUGUUAUACUUUUAUGGGAAUAUUCUAGAAGAUAGCCAUGCGAUAAUCCACCUAUGUAACAUGUUGCACGAAGUAGACAGAAAGUUUAAGUAUAAUAGUAAAAUCAAAAAGAAAUACGACUCUGCCUUUAAGGAUAGUUUCGACGAUUCGAAAAAAGGCUCACCCAGAACAUUAUCAAAAGACGAGAUAUAUGAGAGAUAUCUGAAAAUGAAGAGAAAAGAAGCGAACAAAAAAAUGAGGCUGGCGAAAAAGAAACGGAAGAUGUACAUGAAAUAUGGUAUUACGACGAAAGCUGUUCCAAAGUACCAAACGAAGAAGAGCCGAUAUCCUCUGCACUACGGAUGGUCUUUGGAGGACUGGCCACCGAAACCGGAACCGACUUAAAUAUUGUGUUUGAAAAACUGACAAAAAAAUAAAUAACUUAAAUAAUA